UCACUAACACAUAUCGCAGCUGGGAGCGUCAGAGCAGCGCGAGGCCGACCUUAAGACAAACGGCGCGCUCUCAUUGGCUGCCGGCUGCGUCAGUCCGGCCCGGGCCCGCCUCUUCCCCCUCCGGCCCAGGCUCGGUUGAAUCUCCGGGUUGGAGUCGUGUGCGGUUGCAGUGCGAGAGAGGGUCGCGAUGAUCUGACAGAUGAAAUAGCGAAAAUAAAGAGCGAGCAGGCGGCGUCCUCCCUCACUCAGCCAUGUUCCCCAAAGGCAAAGGCACCCCGGUGCCGUCGGACGGCCAGGCGCGAGAAAAGUUGGCCCUAUACGUCUAUGAGUAUUUGUUACACAUAGGAGCACAGAAGUCAGCACAGACCUUUUUGUCAGAGAUUCGAUGGGAGAAAAACAUAACACUUGGAGAACCCCCUGGAUUCCUACAUUCCUGGUGGUGUGUAUUCUGGGACUUGUAUUGUGCCGCACCAGAGAGGAGAGAGACAUGUGACCACUCCAGCGAAGCAAAAGCCUUCCAUGAUUACAGUGCAGCAGCAGCCCCCAGUCCUGUGAUGGGAGGGAUGCCCCCUGGUGAGGGCAUGCCAGGAGGACCCAUGCCACCUGGCUUUUUCCAGGGUCCUCCUGGUCCCCAGGGCUCUCCUCACCCUCAGCCUCCUCCCCCUAACAGUAUGAUGGGACCUCACAGUCAGUCUUUUAUGUCACCUCGCUUUGCUGGCGGCCCAAGAGGUCCCCCCAUUCAAAAUGGCUUGCACGCCCAUUUCUGGUCUGAAAUGUUUGUUUUUUGGUUUCAGAUGCCUUAUUCAUCACCCUCUCCUGGCGCAUAUGGGGGGGCAUCUGGAGGAGGAGGACCUCCUGGAACUCCCAUCAUGCCCAGCCCUGCAGACUCCAACAACUCUGGUGACAAUUUGUAUACCAUGAUCAACACUGGACCCGGUAACCGAAAUAAUUUCCCCAUGGGCCCUGGCUCUGACGGACCCCUGGGAGCCAUGGCAGGGAUGGAACCACACCACAUGAACGGAUCACUAGGUUCUGGUGAUAUGGAUGGAAUGAACAAGAAUUCUCCAAACAAUUUAAGUGGCAUUAGCAAUCCUCCCGGGACUCCAAGGGAUGACGGAGAGCUGAGUGGAAACUUCCUCCACUCCUUUCAGAGUGAGAACUACUCUCCGACCAUGACGAUGAGCGUGUGACCCCCUCCUCCACCCCAACCCAACAUUAUUUGCCAUCAUUCCGAGGAUCUGAACUCACUAUAGGACACAGCCAAACACAGCAGCACCGAAUCAGGGACGGGUGCCACUUUGGUUCCACACUAGACGCCUGAAUGCUGAUCGGAGAAAACAAAAAGAAUCAACAACGGCUGGCAACUUCUGCUCCUUGCUCAAAAAUGAAGGACAAAUAUCUCCCAUUUAUCACAACCCACCAAGUGUGACAAAACCAGCUACUGAAAUGCAUUCAUGACACGUUUUAUGUUCUCCGCAGAGUCCCCGCCCCCUGUAGUCCCCUCAGAGCAAAGAGGAAAAAAAUUGUUGAAGUUUACCUCUUGUACUUUUUAAUCAUUGCUUUGUGGUGCAAGAUGUGCAGGAAAUAUCUCCGCUUUUUGUCACUUAAAAACACUGGAGAGUGUGCAUAUGCAUUGUGUGCUUGGAAAGUCUUUGUCUUGUCAUUUUACUUAUCGCCAUGCGUACUGUGUCACGAACGUCGGUUGACACAGGACUCGAGAAUUUGCCUUUUACUCUGUGGCCACCUGUCUGAAUUAUGUACUACUCUUCCCCGUCACGCCCACUCUUCUAUUUAAAGAGAUUUUUAAAGGGGGGGAAAGAUGUGAACGAAAGAAUUACGGCUUUUAUUGUGACAACCUUUCAUGGUAUGAACGUGCUCAGAUGGUUCUUACAAUGUCAAUUUUCAGUCUGUUACUGUUGACGGCGACGCGUCCCUGCACCCUCUGCCGUUUGGUUUUUAAGCGGCCGGGCUGCCGUUUGCGUCCUGUCGAGGGAAACCAGACUUUGGGCAUGAGAAGUGAGUGCAUGAAUGCUGAGAAUCUGUGUACAACAUACUACCUAGUGCUGCUCUUCUCUAUGUGGACACCUGCUUUAAGAUGUGGUGUAUAUCUCUUUACCUGCCUGUGCUUAACGCUCUGUGCUCUUCAUCAUCGUAGCCUUCUGUGUUCUUUCCCAUUUGAUUCUGUUGAAAAUGGCCAUGAACGAGCUGCCCCGUUUAAAUCUUAAUACGUAUUGGUUGUUCAUACUCCCUCCCCCCGUAUCAUUGGUCGUCCCCUCUCCUCCCCUUUCGACCCACACAUUUUAUUUUUUGAUACGAUCUUUGACUAUGUAUAUUGCCCCAUUUAUUCAUUUAGUCAAAGCUUUCUAAACUGAUUCUAGUAGGCAUCAUUAUAAACUUAGCAGCAGUCUUGUAAAUGUGAUGAGAAAUCUUUUUGUUUCUUUUUUUCUUUUUUUUUUCUCCUCCAGUGAACAUUAUGCAUUAUACACAUCUGUCCUAUGUUGCCUUUAUUUGCUGAUAUUUUUUUAUUUCAAAUUGAGGAAAGAUUGCUUGUUAAUAUAAUUUUACAAUAACUUA